AUGCGUAUAUCUAGAAUCCACUUCGGAUCCAGCCGUGUCAGAGUCUUUGCGUGUGGCACCCAGCAUUCAACGUUUGAAAAAAAGCCUUCUUUGACUGAGGCGGGGCUGGGCUGUGCCGAGGAUGCCCUGACACGCAAGCGUGCGCGCUACCUACUGCAGAGGGCGGUGGAGGUGUCCCUGGAGAGGGGCGUCUGCGGCACCUGCGGCCUCCCGGAAGGAACUGGCCCAAGUCUGUUUUGGUGGUCUGAGAAGAAGAAAGAUGAGCUUCUAAAAUUUUGGGAAAAUUAUAUUUUAAUUAUGGAAACUCUAGAAGGGAAUCAGAUACAUGUUAUAAAGCCAGUCUUACCAAAGCUAAACAAUCUGUUUGAAUAUGCAGUGUCACAAGAAAAUGGCUGUUGGCUCUUUCACCCCUCCUGGCAUCUGUGUAUUUAUAAAAGAAUGUUUGAAAGUGAAAAUAAAAUCCUGACCAAAGAAGGCGUCAUCCAUUUUUUGGAACUGUAUGAAACAAUGACUCUUCCAUUCUCACCGGAAUUUUCUGAGUUUAUUAUUGGACCAUUAAUGGAUGCACUUUCAGAGAGCUCAUUGUAUAGCAGGUCCACAGGCCAGAUUGUAGGAAGUGGUUCUCCAUUGGGAUUAAAAUUACAGAAGUUUUUAGUCACUUAUGUUUCUCUUCUUCCAGAAGAAAUAAAGAGUAAUUUCCUAUUAAAGUUUCUUCAGAAGAUGAGGAGUAGACAUUGGUGUGCUGUUCCCAUUUUGUUUCUGUCUAAGGCAUUGGCAAAUAUCCCAAGAUGUAAAGCCCUGGGACUAGAAGGGCUUCUUGCUCUCAGGGACGUCAUCCAGUGUACUAUGAUCACACAUCAGAUUCUAUUGAGAGGCGCGGCGCAGUGCUUCCUUCUUCAAACAGCAAUGCAUUUGGUGGAUGUGGAGAAAGUAUCGCUGUCUGAUGUCUCCACUUUUCUCACCUCUCUGAAACAAGAAGAAUCUUUGGGACGAGGAACCACCUUGUGGACAGAGCUCUGUGACUGGCUUUGUGUCAAUGAGAGGUCUUUCAGGGCCUGUGGCCCUGAUGGACUUCCCGAAACAUCUCUGAAUGCUUAUGUGAAGAACCUGGUCCAAGAGUACAUUAAAUCACCUGCUUGGGAAACAGGAGAAAGCUGUUUUAUGCCUGACUGGUCUGAGGCCAGGCUGACUGCUCUGAUGAUCUUGCUAGCUGUGGAUGUGGAAGGAAUGAAGACUGAGUACAGUGAAAAGCGGAGAACACAGAAUGUGUGGAGGAUACUCUCAGACCCCCUUCUGGAUGCCCUGGUGAAGCUGGGUACCAGUGCCUACACGCCCUUGCCGAGGACUGACAGAAGCCUGCAGUUGCUGGUGCAGUUGUUGCACACUUGCAUGUUGAAAGGUUCCAGCCCCCAAGAUGAUGAGGUGUCUACUUUUCUCCAGAGCUCCAUCAUGACUGCCACCGAGAGUGUUUCUCAGUUUGUCCUCAGAAGACUAACCAUGCAUGAACUGCAGAGGGUUGCAGAUCUGGAUCGUUGCCAUUUAUACCUCAUGCUAUUAACUGUGCUCACAAACCUCCAUCUGAAGGCAGGGUGGAAAAGGGGCAACUCCAUCUUCAGAAUUCUUUCUCCUUUGAAAAAUGCAUCUAUGCGGCAUCUUCAAGAAGUGGAAAGUGGAAAGGAGCGGAGCCUUGGUGAUCAGAUCCAGAAGGUGGUCAGUAUGGCCACUUUGGCCACAGUGUGUGAGGUCAGUGCCCUGCAGCCUGUGCCAGAGUUGGAUUCCCUCGAUGCUGAGCCCAUGGAUAGGUUCCUGUCUGCUUUUCCAUUAAAUCAGACGCUGCAGAAGCCCCACGCAGAGGAACCGGGCCAGUGUGCUCACCCCAUGGAGAGCAGCAGUUUCUUUGAAGAGCCAUCCUCACAAGGAUGGGGGAGAGUGGUUGCACAGUACAUCCAUGAUCAGUGGGUCUGCCUCUCCUUCCUGUUGGAAAAAUACCACACCCUGGUUCCAGCCACAGAUGGCAACAUUCCAGAGCCCUUGCUGCCUGCCAUCCAGAUGCCUGCUCAGACUCUGCGGUCUGCACUGGACACCCUCUCCAUCCUCCCUUCUGAGCAGGUCCUGCCUGUGUUCCGUUGCAUGAAGGUGCUGGUUCCCAAGCUCCUGACAUCUGCUGAAUCACUCUGCAUAGAGUCUUUUGACAUGGCCUGGAAAAUUAUAUCUUCUUUAAGCAACACUCAGCUGACAUUCUGGCCUAAUUUAAAGGCUUUUGUUCAGUUUGUUUUUGAUAACAAAGUUCUCACCAUUGCUGCUAAAAUCAAGAGCCAGGCAUAUUUCAAAAUAAAAGAGAUUAUGUACAAGAUGAUUGAAAUGUCUGCCAUAAAAACUGGAGUCUUCAAUACACUGAUCAAUUACUGCUGCCAAUCUUGGGUAGUAUCUGACUCCAAGGGAUCUUUAUCCACUGCCAAAAAUUAUAGCGAACUCGUCCUGGAAGCUUGUAUAUUUGGAACUGUGUUUAGACGUGAUCAGAGACUUAUUCAGGAUGUACAAACCUUCGUAGAAAAUCUUGGACAGGACUGUGCUGCAAAUGUUGUUAUGGAAAAUACUAAAAGAGAAGACUAUUAUGUGAGAAUCUGUGCUGUCAAAUUCUUGUGUUUAUUAGAUGGCUCAAACACAUCCCACAAGUUGUUUAUAGAAGAUAUUGCAAUGAAGCUACUGGAUAAAGAUGAGUUGGUGUCCAAGAGUAGAACUCGCUACUAUGAGAAUUCUCUCCAGCAUCGCGUGAAGAACCGGAUAUGGCAGACUCUGCUUGUACUUUUUCCCAGUUUUGAUCAGAAUUUCUUGAAUGGAAUUAUUGACAAAAUUUUUCAUGCUGGUUUCACCAACAAUCAAGCUUCCAUCAAAUAUUUUAUCGAAUGGAUUAUUAUAUUAAUUCUUCAUAAAUUCCCUCAAUUUCUUCCAAAGUUCUGGGAUUGCUUUUCUUAUAGUGAUGAAAAACUUAAGACAAGCGUUUGUGCAUUUUUAUCAGUUUUGUCCCAUUUGGGCAUCAUCAUUCAAAAUAUUCCAGAUAAAACACCGCUGCUGAAGCAGGCCCUGCUCAUCGCGCUGCAGUGGUGUCUCAGCCACAACUUCAGUGUUCGGCUGUACGCUCUUGUGGCUCUCAAGAAAGUGUGGGACGUGUGCAGAGCACUAGGUGUUGAAGAGUAUAAUGCGUGGACUACUGUCAUCGAGCACAGCCUCAGCCAAGCGGAGACCAUACAGGGAGCAGGGAAUGCCAGGAAGAACUGGCAACGCAUCCAAGAGCAUUUCUUUUUUGCAACAUUUCAUCCACUGGAGGAUUACUGUCUGGAGACCAUAUUUUACACCCUUCCACGGCUUUCAGGUGUCAUUGAAGAGGAGUGGAUCGCUGUUGGUAAAUUCACUGGCUUCGCAGACAUCCCUUCCAACACAGGAUCCCAGUGGUACUUCUCUCGGACUCCACUGAGUGAGCUCAGUCCAGGGGACUGGUCUCAGCAGGACGUAGCUCUCCUAAUCCGUGACCAUCAUUCAGACUUCUUCAGAAAGUCAGCAGUGCCCUUCUGGGGUCCUUGUCAGAUUCCAGGUUCUAACAUAGGUGAAGCAGCCAGCCAGUCAGAAGGGGCUGACGUCCAGAAAAAGAUCAUCCCUUGGAGACACGACGUCCCCGACGCAGACCUGGGGUUUGAGUUUCAGGAUCGCGCUGCCAGACUUGGAAAGUCAGUCAGUAGGCUGAUUGUGGUGGCCUCGCUCAUCGAUAAGCCGACCAAUUUAGGAGGGCUGUGCCGGACCUGCGAGGUGUUUGGGGCCGCAGUGCUCGUCCUGGGCAGUCUGCAGUGUGUCAGUGACAAGCAGUUUCAGCACCUCAGCGUCUCUGCAGAACAGUGGCUUCCUCUGGUGGAAGUGAAACCAGCUCAGCUAAUUGAUUAUCUGCAGCUGAAGAAAACAGAAGGUUACACCAUCAUCGGGGUGGAGCAGACGGCCAGGAGCUCCGACCUGGCCCAGUACUGCUUUCCUGAGAAAUCGCUCCUCCUGCUGGGCAAUGAGCGCGAAGGAAUCCCUGCAAAGCUGAUGCAGCAUUUGGAUGUGUGCGUGGAGAUCCCCCAGCAGGGCGUCAUCCGCUCACUGAACGUGCACGUGAGCGGAGCCCUGCUCAUCUGGGAGUACACCAGGCAGCAGCUGCUCAGGCGGGCGGACCCGUCCUGAAGCUCGUGCCGUACCCAGCAUGCGACCACUUUUAACAACUCUUCGGACAAAUGAAAGGGAUUCUGAAAUUUACUGGGAUGAUUUGUAUUGGUAUUUUUGGGGGUGGGGGCCUUUUCAUGCCAAAACUUUCUCAUGUGCCUUAAAAAGAUACUAUAUAUUGUAAUAAACACUUA